AUGACCGCAACCAUAUCCCAGUCCUCGCACUUUGUUGACGUUGCCACGCAGACAGACGCGCAUUCCUUUACUAUCACUCGCCUCCUUGUGGACACGGCUGUGAUGACAGGGGACCCAGAAGUUAGUAGUAUCCAAGUCGAUGCCGGAUGGAAGACCCUCGACGGGAUUCCUUGUAUCAUGGGUGGCCUAACGGCGCUUGUUGCAUCUGUCGGUGGUACCCUGCGUGGGCGUACCCAAACCGAAUUCCCUUGGAAAACCCUGCCCAAGGAGCUAGCUCGGCUCGGAUGUUGCCUCGUCAACUACCCUAACGAGACUUUGAUGCCCGGCGAGACUCGACCUACGCUCUCUCGGAGCAAAGGCGUCCAUGAUCUGACCCUUCCUCAUCGUAUCAAUCUUGUCAAUGCGCUCAAGAUGGGCACCCUCACCAUUCGAGCCGUGACGAAUGAUGCUGCUCGCACACGCCUUAUGAUGUCUACGGACCCAGUUAUUAUUGGAGAAGCACCCUCACAUCGAUCGAUCUACUCCCGCGGGCGACGUGCGUUUGCUAAUGGUGACAUUGAUUGCAAGGGUCCUCGCCGUCUUGCCUCUCCCCCUUCUACACCUCCCACUUCUACACCACCCACUCGUACUUCUACACCUCCCGCUCGUCCUUCUACACCUCCUGCUCGUCCUUCUACACCUCCCGCUCGUCCUUCUACACGUGCUGCUCGUCCUUCUACAUGUGCUGCUCGUCCUGCCACAUCACCUACUCAUCGUCAUGUUCAGGUCUUUGUAGAGAUAUCCCGCCCGCCACCCCGGCCAGCUUCUAGGGCAGUCUCCAAAGUAAUACCACCAUCCACCACUCACACCAUAUCACGCCUGCCACCCUGGCCAGCCUCUAGAGCGGCCUCCAAAGCAAUAACACCGUCCAUCGCUCACACCACGGAUCUCAUCCCACCAAUCGCUGCCGUCGAGCGGUCUGCAUCUUCUUCUGAAUAUGUUGAUGAUGAGACUCUAGAUGAGGAGUCAGAUGCUAGUGAGAGCGAUCAUCGGCCUGCCAAGCGUCUCAGACGGUAUAACAGCAAAUAA